AAACUUUUUCUAAAUGCAGUUAUAACAAAUCAUUUGCUCUUGAAACAAGUACAUUUGCUAUUAAUCUGCUGUUUAUAAUGGAGUUGGAAAAUAAAAACAUAAUAUAUUUGGGUGGUUUUGGGGGAAUUGGACAAAAAUGCAUAGUAGAAUUUUUAAAAAGAAAUAUUAAAAAUCUAAUAAUAUUCGAUUUAAAUGAAAAUUCAGAAGUAUUAAAACAACUACAGAUCACUUACAAAUCUAGCAAUAUACAAUUUAUACAAGUAGAUGUAACAAAAUCGGAAAGUAUUGAAAAUGCCUAUAAGCAGGCGAAUGAAAUUUUGGACAAUAUUGAUGUGGUAGUCAAUGGCUGUGGUCUAAUGAAUGAUCGUCAUUUGGACUUGACAAUAGAUAUUAAUUUGCGUGGCGUUAUACAAAGUUCCUUAAAUGCCUUAAAUUAUAUGGACAAAUCAAAAGGUGGUCGUGGUGGUGUAAUUGUAAAUAUUUCCUCUAUAGCAGGCAUAGAAACUACUGGCAUGUUUGCCAUUUAUUCUGCUGCCAAACAUGGUGUUACAGCUUUUAGCAGAUCUAUGGCGAAUCCCCUCUAUUUCCAUCAUACUCAAGUAAACUUUAUAACCAUUUGCCCGGGACUUACGGAAACGGCCCUAUUAGAUGCCGUGCAAGAAAAGGCAACAUUACGUGAAUAUGCCGGGCCCAUGGUGCAAAGAUUUGCCAACAUAAAAAGGCAAAGCGCUGAAGCUUGUGCUCAAAAUCUUGUCAAAGCUGUUGAGAUCAAUAAACUCGGUUCAGUGUGGCUAUUGGAUUUGGGUGAAAUGUCAGAAGUUGAAAUGCCCAUUUUGUGGAAACCAACCGUAAAUAGUAACUACAAAAUUAUUAAUAACAAAAUGGAUUUAAAGGGUAAAAAUAUUAUUUACAUUGGUGGUUUUGGUGGUAUAGGGCAAAAAUGUUUGGAAGCAUUUUUAAAAAAGCAAGUCAAGCAUUUGGUGAUCUGUGAUCUUCAGCUAAAUGCGGACGUUUUUAAAACACUCGAAAGUCGUUAUAUUGAUUCUUGUUUAACGUAUAUUCCCAUCGAUAUAACAAAACGUCAAAGUAUUGAGGAGACUUUUAAAUUAGCCGCCACCAAACUAGUAGACUCUUCUAUAGAUGUUGUUGUCAAUGGUUGCGGUUUAAUGGAUGAUCGUUAUAUCGAUCUUACUAUUGAUAUUAAUUUGACUGGUGUAAUACAUAGCACUCUUAUUGCUUUAGAUUACAUGGAUCAAUCAAAGGGUGGACGGGGUGGUUUAAUAGUAAAUAUAUCAUCUGUGGCUGGUUUAGAACCAAGUGGCAUGUUUGCUGUAUAUUCAGCGGCUAAAUGUGGUUUGACUGCAUUUACCAGAGCUUUAGCAAAUCCUUUGUAUUUUGCUCACACUGGCGUUAGUUUGGUGACUAUGUGUCCCGGUUUUACCGAUACUGCCUUAUUAGAGUCCAUACGUGGCAAGGAAACUUUAACAAAAUAUGCCGGUCCCAUGGCCCAACGUUUUGCUUUUGUUAAAAAACAAAGUGCUGAAAUAUGUGCUGAAAAUUUGGUGGAUAUUUUGUCGAAGGCCAAAAAUGGUUCAGUAUGGAUGUUGGAUUUGGGUAAAAUCAAAGAAAUGGAAUUCGCAGUUUUGUGGAAACCAGCCAUGAAUGAGUGAAUAUAAUUUUUGAAGAUAAAACAUUGAAAUAAUGCAUAAUAAAGAUUUUAGGAAAACA